ACCAAGACGCUUAAAGUGUCAAAAGUUAAAGAGCUACAAGGUCAAUAUUUACGAAGGUGAGUAGGGAGGAAAGAAAUUCAAUAGUUUAACUUAUGGAGGUUGAAACUAUUGGAGUUCUUGGAUUAUCCACGUUACCCUUAUUUUGCUGAUUACCCUUCAACUAUUCCCAGUUUGUUCCAAAUUGUGGGCAAAAUGUCCCCAUUUGUUCCCAGUCUGUCCCAGUUCUUGGACAGCUGUAUUAUUUUUCAGUAUACUCCUCAGGAUAACACCGAAUAUGCUAUGAAGCCAAAGCACUUCAAAAUUUAACUGGCUUAAAUCCUUUCACCAGGAAGACCAACUGAAAAGCAUUAGCUGUUGGGGUGGGUAGAGUAGAGGGAGGAUGAAACAAAGAUUUGCCAUAUGAAAUAACAAUUCAAGAUUGAGGUCUGCAGUGUGCUCGGUGUCCCGCGGAUCUGUCUCUUGCUUCAACAGCGUUUGGAUGGAACAGACCCCUGGGGCUCCCCUUCUUCCAGCCUCCGACUACCCUCCAGCCUCUUUUCCGGUCGCAGCCUUCGGACCAACUUCUCAACCAUCCUCUACCUCCGGUGGGACCCACCAAUACCGUUUUUUUGAGCUCAGCUCCUUAUUGCCGAUGAAGCAUGAGCUCCCACAUUCGUCAGAAUUAUUCUACCGAAGUGGAGGCUGCCAUCAACCGCCUGGUCAACUUGUACCUACGGGCCUCUUACACCUACCUCUCUCUGGGCUUCUAUUUCAACCGCGAUGAUGUGGCUCUGGAGGGCGUAUGCCACUUCUUCUGCGAGUUGGCGGAGGAGAAGCGCGAAUGUGCCAAGUGUCUCUUGAAGAUGCAAAACCAGCAUGGUGACCACGCCCUCUUCCAGGACUUGCAGAAGCCGUCCCAAGAUGAGUGGGGUACAACCCUGGAUGCCAUGAAAGCCGCCGUUGUCCUGGAGAAGAGCCUGAACCAGGCCCUUUUGGAUCUGCAUGCCCUGGGUUCUGCCCACGCAGACCCCCAUCUCUGUGACUUCUUGGAGAGCCACUUCCUAGACGAGGAGGUGAAACUCAUCAAGAAGAUGGGCGACAAUCUCACCAACAUCCAGAGGCUCGUUGGCCCCCAAGCUGGGCUGGGCGAGUGUCUCUUUGAAAGGCUCACCCUCAAGCAUGACUAGGAGCCUCCAGAGUCCAGCGGCCUUUGAGGGGGCCCCUCUGGCAUCCCCCUGGUGUCGGAGUUUCUGCCUGAGCCCAUCUCCCUGCAGCCACGAGAGAGAGCUUUUUAACUACCCUGGAGCCCUCUGCCCACGCCGUGGACCAAAUGGAAACAAUAAAGCUUUUUGCAAAAAAAAAAAAAAAAAGAUUGAGGUCAAAGGGAAGCAAAAGAGUUUUAGGUUCAGCACAAACUGGUAUUUUGGAGUAUCGUACAAAGAAUGUCACAUUACAUACAAUAUUUAUCAGAUAUUUUCCCCAGGUUAUGUCCAAUUUUAAACUCCACAAUUAAAGAAGCAGCUACAUUUGCCAAUACAACAUAUAUGCACUUGGGUGUACAUUGAGUUGGGAAGGAAGUGCCACUAAUUUUAUUGUGUGCUCUAUGACCCGAACGGAAAAAUAUGUCCUACCAUUUUGGAAACACUGGAUCGCAACUCAGCUAUUUGAGAGAAAUUAAAUAAUACAAUGUGUCCUCUGAGGCCAAAAUGGUUAGAAAAUCAUUUGAGACUGGGCUACCAUAUUCUUGCUCAAGUGCUGAUCUCGUUCUUUCAUGAACAAAGUUAAAGAAAGAUGAGUUUAGAAAAGAUUGUUUGUGGCAAAGUUUGGUUCAUUUCAAAGCGAAUUAAACUGGUCUUACCCAAACUUCUGAAGGCUGAUAACAAUAAUUUCAUUCUCAGAUUUUAAUUUUGUUAAAAGAGCUUUAAAAAUCCUGGGAAUCCAGUUUUAAGCAUUUAGAAAAAAGACUAUGUUUUCUGACCUUUUAGGAAAAAUUAAGCUAUAAUUUUCAUACUUGUUGAUAUGACCUAAAAACAAAUGGUUAAUUAGUUAAUUUCAUUAUGUACUUUCUAUAGAUAAUAUUCUACAUACAGUCAUGAACUGCAUAACAACAUUUGAGUCAACAAUGGACUGAAUGUAUGAUGGUGGUCCCAUAAAAUUAGUA